CUGCAAGUUAAGGAACAAGGAAAGGAACAUAACGACGGUGUUGUUUGUCGUCAUUCGUCAGUCUGCUGAGCUUCGGUGUGGUAUUUGUGUCAUCAAGCGACUUGUCUGUGCCGAACUAAAAACUCUGAUAAAUUCUCCUUUUACAAAUAGUUACGAAAAAACCUAGUGACGUAGUUGUGCUUUUUUAUAAUGCAUGGUUUAUAAUUAACUUAGAUGAAGGUAAUAUUUCGGAACAUGUGAAGAGUAGGCUACUACGUAUGAAGUGUUGCUAAUUCUGUUCUAAGGCCAUUGUUUGUUCUCUUAAACUUUGUGGUGAAUAGUAAAUCAAACCUGUUGUUAAGUGUAAUUAAAUAUUCUUCUAAGAUGACUGAAAUAAGUCAGUCUUUGAAGAAUAGGGUCUAUUAUGCUGCUCGAGAUGGAAUGGCUGUCACACUGUGUGCAUUGUUAUCAGACAGAGAUGAAGAUGUGGUUAAGGAAUUAGUCAAUCAGGAAGUGAUAGACCCAGAGGGCCAGAGAUGUACACCAUUGAUAGUAGCAGCAAGGCAUGGGCACGACAAAGUUGUCAAAGUCUUCCUCAACAAGUUCUCACCAGACAUCGAGCAGGAAGGUUCUGUCAAGGUGGACAGCUACGUCAUCGAAGGUGCUAGCGCUUUGUGGUGUGCAGCAGGUGCAGGUCACCUGAAUGUAGUGAAGACUCUGGUGAAAGCGGGGGCUAAUGUCAACCAUCCGACUCUGACCAACUCCACACCACUAAGAGCAGCUUGUUUUGACGGUAGACUCGACGUUGUCAGGUACUUGACCGAACAUGGGGCUGACAUCCACAUUGCCAACAAGUACAACAACACCUGCCUCAUGAUCGCAGCUUACAAAGGACAUCUUGAUGUGGUUAGUUACUUGUUGGAGAAGGGGGCGUUGCCAGAUGAGAAGGCUCACUGUGGCGCCACUGCCAUGCACUUUGCUGCAGAAUGUGGACACACUAGCAUCGUCAAGGAGCUCCUCGACUACGGAGCGCACAUAACCAAAAAUGAGAUCGGAAUGACACCACUGUUAGCAGCAGCGGAAAGGACUAGGGUGGAUGUUGUGGAGUUCUUGGUUACUAGGCCAGAGAUCUCUCUCGAAGAAAGGAUUGAUGCUUUGGAACUACUUGGAGCCUCCUAUGCUAAUGAUAAGGACCACUACUGUCUCAACUCCGCAUAUCAGUACUUGCACCAGACUAUGCAGCUCAGGUGGAGUAACUCCGAGGGUACUAUCUUGAAGCCCAAAGUUCCCCCAAUCCCAGCAUACGGCAAUUGGGUAGAGACUCAAACACUGGAGGAGUUGGAAGCUAUCAGGAGUAAUAGCAGCGCCUUGCACAUGGAGUCCCUUGCAAUCAGGGAGAGGAUACUGGGCCAGCACAACCCUGAGGUGCCCCACUCAGUGAUAUUCCGCGGAGCAGUGUUUGCAGACAAUGCCAGGUUCGACCGGUGUAUACAGCUGUGGCUGCACGCUCUUUACCUGUGUCAACUCAACAAGGCCUCUGUUGUGAAGGAUCUGCUGAGGUUCGCACAGGUGUUCUCACAGAUGAUCCAUGUUGGCGUGGAUCUGACGUUUGCCCACGUCGAGAGCGUGCUGGCUGCUGCAGUGCUAGAGUUGGAGAGGAACAAGGAGAAGAUUGCAAAUCCUGGACCGAAGGAUGAUGUUGCCCAGAUCACUGAGGAGAUGGAGAGCAAUGUGAUCACCGCCUUGUAUAUACUGGUGAUACUGACCAAGCUAAUGAAGACCUGCAAUGCUAAGGAGGAAUAUAGAGUCCACCAGUUGGUUUUCAGGCUCAAUAAACUGCAAGUUGCAUCAAGGCAUGGACAGACUCUGCUCCACCUGUGCGUAAAUGCUGAGACACCUGUCGACAACUUUCACACCAAUGAUGUAUGCAAGUUUCCGUGCUCUGCUACGGCCAAGCUCUUGAUACAGUGUGGUGCCGAUGUCAAUGCCAUGGACAGGGACAGGAACACUCCACUCCAUAUCAUUGUCUGUUACCAAAAGCCCAUCAGUGAUUUCUUGACUUUACACUCAAUUAUAAUGGAACUCACGGAGGCAGGGGCACACAUGGACACUGUCAAUACUUCGGGCAAAACUCCCUUCGAGGCAGCUACAACAGGAGUAGCAGAGAUAAUCCUGCGGACACAGACUCAGUUGAGCCUCAAGUGUUUGGCAGCUAAAGCAGUGCAGAAGUACAACAUCCAGUACAUAGGUCAGGUGCCUCACUCGCUGGAGAGUUUCAUUGACCUGCAUGGGCCUGGGGAGGUUCCCCCCGGUGACGAGGCAUGAGCUAGCUAGAUACGAGAGAGAAAGCAGCAGAUGUGACCUGCAUUGGACUGAAUUGUAAAUAUCUACCAAGACAUCACUUCUCCCUACUUAGUUCCCACACACUCUAGUGUAAAUUGUAUUUUUUACAUUUUCAGAGAGAGAAAGCAGCAGAUGUGACCUGCAUUGGACUGAAUUGUAAAUAUCUACCAAGACAUCACUUCUCCCUACUUAGUUCCCACACACUCUAGUGUAAAUUGUAUUUUUUACAUUUUCAGAGAGAGAAAGCAGCAGAUGUGACCUGCAUUGGACUGAAUUGUAAAUAUCUACCAAGACAUCACUUCUCCCUACUUAGUUCCCACACACUCUAGUGUAAAUUGUAUUUUUUACAUUUUCAGAGAGAGAAAGCAGCAGAUGUGACCUGCAUUGGACUGAAUUGUAAAUAUCUACCAAGACAUCACUUCUCCCUACUUAGUUCCCACACACUCUAGUGUAAAUUGUACAAAAGUUUAUCUUUGAACUGCUAUCUAAUAGCAGCUGAGUUUAGAAGAGUUACAAAAAUAAAUGUUUCUGGACAAGCUCAAUGGUGCAUUUAUUAGUACGGUGAUAGCAACAUAAGGUUAGGUGCUGUUAUCGGGUGAUAUCAGGCAGUUGUGUUAAGCCUUAUUAAAAUAGAAGGAUAGUUUGUGUUGUUCCUUUCAAGUUAGAAAAGUGUCACUGAAGACUAUAUAAUAAAUUCACAAUAUUAACAUUAAUGAAUUUUAAAAUUGGUUUGUAAAUUUAAUUACAAUGCAAAUUUUAUUGAAUGUAGCAAACACUCAAUUAAUAAUACAAUCCCUUCUAUAAACUCAACAUCUUAUCCUAAGUUACUUACUACUGGAUAUGUAAUGCUCUGAGAUUAAAGCGUUGAUUAGCUCUGGGGACUCUGUUCUAAUAAGUAUUCUAAAUGUAAGACUAAUGAAGGUUUUAAUUUAUGGAGUGCAGAGGAUUUUAAAAUACUCAUAUUAUCAUUUAUAAGCUCCACUAAAGGCUGGAUUGAAUUUACCUUUUGUUCACAAUUUUCUUUUGAAUUUCAUUUUCAACAUACUUUUAGGUGGAGCUAGUUAGAGAGAGGUUAUGUUUAGAUUUUUAGCCUAUUGGGAAUACAUACAAUUAAUGUACUGUGUAAGAUCUUCUCAAAAUUUCCAAUUUUUGAACUUUAUUCUUUUAAUUUUACUCCAUCUUUGUUGUAGUAGAAGACCAUUAUUUAGGAAGUUUAUCAAUUGAAAAUAUGGGUAAACAGAGAUAAAUUUGCUAAAUCAAUAAAGUCAAUAUAAUCAUGAAGCUUCUAUCCCACAAAAACAUUGAUAUGGUUGUCAUCAAUAAUAAACAUUUUAAACUUGUGACAGGAACUACAUCCUAAUAUUUGUGUUCUUAGUUGACUUUAUCGUACUCGUGUAUUAUGAAUGUUCAAAUUGAUGUAGCGCCUAUUUUUAUAGUUCAUUUAGAAUAUUAGAAGGUUACAGUAAGAGAUGAUGAUAAGAAAUUGUUUGUAAAUGUUUGACUGUCCACUAUUGAAAUUUCUCCCAUACAAGGUUUUGUUAUAAGUAACCAUAGCGCACUAUGCAGGAAGGAUUUUGCAUUUAAGUAAAAAAAAUAAUGAAUAUCAAAAAAUUGUUCUUAGUUUACUUAAAAUCUAAUUUUUGAGUAAUAUAUAUUUCAAAAAUCCUUUAGUGCAUUUUUUGAAACUUGGCAAAUCUUUUACAUACAAAAUGGUAGCAAUUUAAUACUUUUAGGUAAUAUUCAUAAAAAUAAAAAUGAAAAAGAAAGUCAAUAGGUAUAAAAUCACCUAAAAAGAUUAAUUGUUUGCUAUUGUAUUUGUUAAGAACAGAUCAAAACUACUAUAUACUGAUAUUUUCUGUUAUGAAAUAAUAAAUUUAAAAGGAAUAUAAAGGUCCCAGUUUCUUUUUAAUAACAAUGAUCACUAUUUUCAAUUAUGAUAGGCGUAUAGUCCUCUGAUCUCUCUUGUGAAAUUUCAAAGAUUGUUUGUAUGUGUGGUAUUUACCAAGUUUCAAAAGAAUACAUUGAAUGGUUUUGAAGAAUAAUGUAAUAUUAAAAUAAUAAAGACAAAAUGGAAAAUUAAGAUUAAACUAAGUGAAAUUUUUUUAAGUUUUGGACAUUUUUGAGCUAUAUGUAUAAUCUUAUUCUGCAUAACACACUACAGUUUUUUAUGACACUGUAUGUAACGACACAUAGAUGUGGUUUAACAUUGUUGAUAUAGCUAAUUGAGACUGUUACGUUUUUAAGCAGCCCUAGGAUUUACAAGUGAGUUUUAAAGAUCCAUUAACUUUUCUUUUAUUAUGUCACCUAACAGAAGUUUGUAAUGAUGUACCUUCAAAACGUUAGUUGUUAAUAUACAUUAUUGAGCUUAUGUAUAGUGUUUUUAGUUUAUUUAUUUAAAAAAACUGUAUAAACUGUAUGUUUAAAAAUCACAACUUAUUUUUUAUCUAUAUAUGUUGUUAUUUUUGUAUGUUUAAUAUUAGAAUAGAAUUGAUCAUUUUAUAAUUUUAGACAAGCAUAUUAGAUGUGUGUUGAUUACCUGUUGCUAGAAGCUUGUGUUUUUUUGUUUGUUUUAUUUUAAGAUGUACUUUCCUUUUGUAAAAUGUACAUUUAUAUAUAAAAUACACCACUAUACAAUGAAUUUUACUGUAAGUUACUGACAGUCAGGACUUGAAACCUUAUUUUUCCUUGUUUAUAUAUAGAACUAGAACUUUCCUUGUUUAUAUAUACACCCAAAAUACAAUUUGGAACAGAAAGUUCAGUCAAUACACCAUUGAGCUUGUAGAUGGAUAUUAUUCUCGUAAAACAAUUGUAUGUAUUGUUACAAAGUCAGGUUGUCAACAGGAUCUUGUUCUGUGUCUGUGUAUUUGUGGCUAACGGUUGCACUGCUAGUACUGUAUGUGAAUGUGAUCUAUCAGAUAUAUUUAUACUGUCUUGGAUCUGUAGAUGUCCAUGUUGAGCACAAAACUGUGAGAAUUUAGUGAAACUAAGGAAGGUGUGGUAAUGUUCUGUGAUCGUUAUAACUGAGAAUGUUUAAAUAUUAGAGUAUUGCUGUUGAAGAGAUUUAAAAUGGUUAAAAUAUCAUGUCAUAAAAGAUAUUGUCUUUAUUCAUAAAAGGAUUUUAGUAUUUUACUUUCUGUUUUAUGCUUUUUUUUAUUGUUGCCUUGGUUGAAAUAUUGAAAAGAAUUGUUUUAUUAUUAUAUUUUUUAUUAAACUAUUGAAAUAUAGAUGUUUAUGGAAAUUCUUUGACUGUUUUAUUUAAUACUCUACUAUUUUAAUAGUUUUCCAUCAUUUAUACAAAACUAUCAGAAUUUUUUAGGAGUUUUCUUUGGGUAAAGCAUAAAAUUUACGUGUAAUAGAAAUUUAACAUUGAUACAUUCAAAUAGCUUUUUUGGUUUUAACUAUUUUGAAUCCCUUGAACUGUAACUAAGUGAUGUUAUGAUUUUGUAAUACAUUGAAGAGUUUUGAUAUAUAACAGUAGGAACAAAAUAUAAUUACUUUACAGCAAACGUUUUUAGUGUGUUAAUAGGUACAAUGAGAACACAACGUUUUGGCUUGCAUCUGGUUAUUUUCCAAUGCUGAAUCAGUUGUUGCUUACCUUGAUUGGACUAGUCGAAGUUCAUUCCUUCUUUUUAUUUAUUUGUUUUUACACAGACAUUAUUUAUAAAUGAUUUCAAUCUUAUGAGACAUUUGAAAUUCCAGACCAAUCUAGAAUGGGGAAUUGGAUAAUAUAUUUAGAAAUAUAGCCAUAACACAAAUACUUAGUUAUAAUGUGCACUCACCAUUGAAUCUGGAUUGUCAGUACACCUGGCCAAAAAAGACCUGUUAAAUACAAGAUUAUUACUGGAAACUUGUAUAACACGUUAAUAUCAGCAGAGUAGAUUUUUGCAAUGUAAUCUAAAAGUCCAUAGUUUAUAAACUGUUUAUUAUGUCGGAUGAAAUGGAUUUUACUCUCUCCAAAUAUGUCAUUAAAAAUAACAUGCUCUACUGACGUAACUCUAUACACUCAAUAACUUAUAUUCUUACUCCUUGCACAUUCAAAACAUAACCAUUUCUUGCAAAGAUCCAUCCUCUUGUUUUUUGGCCUACACUGUAUUUUUUUAUUUAUUUGAGUGUGCAUUUGACAAUGGCCAUAAUUGUGCGAACUGUGUCAUUCAUAAGAAUGGAUUGCUUCAGCUGUAAAUACAUAAUUUAAGAUUUAUAUUAGCAAUUCUAGUUCAAAAUAAAAAAGUUUUAAAUUAUUUAAAACUGUCAGUUUUUACAGUUUAAAAAUCUUGUGUUCUCAUUGCUACACUUUGUAUUCCUGGUAUUUUUUUAAAUUACUCAUGUUUGAGGACUAUAAUUUUUACAUGUUUUUAAAAUUGUAUUCAACAAUAUUAUUUGUUGAGUUUAGUCUGAGAAAAUAAAUAUGUGAGCUACCCAAUACUCUUUUCUAUGUUAAAGGAAACAUCGUGAAAGAGGUAAACUUGGUGAUAAUUUACCAAUAUUAUGUUUUAAACUUAAAUAAAGUUUUAUUUAUCCUGUUUGCCAUGUCAAUUGUUUGUUGAGUUUAGUCUG